AUCCCUAUUGUCGACCGCUCAGGGCGUAUUAUCGCCGUCCUUGCAGGUCAACCAGGAUCCGACUACGCGGCAGAGCUUCUAGAAGCUUUCCGCCUUUUCUCAGACGCGGAUAAAGAGGCAGGCCUUGGCCCUACAGCUGCAGCUGGGCCUCAUAAGCGGGGUACGUUCCCCGCCUUCAAUAGAGGCGUGACUAUGGGUAUGGGAAGUCCAACGCCUGUUGCAAUAAACCCAGGGUUCAUGGGCGGGAUCCUCAACCGUUUGGUUGGUGCUCAGGCGGUACGCCGUAUGGCAGCUUAUCAGAAUGCCGCGUUCUCCCUCUGGGCUCCCCGUGUGCACAAUGAGUACAAAAAUGCCUCUAACACUGUGAGGGAGAGGUUGCCUCACCUCCCGGAGAACUUUCCUGGUCUCAGCGACUUCAGCGCCGCAGCGUUUAACCUCGGUGGAAGGGUAUGGACCUUCAAACACCGGGACUUCCUCAAUUGGCCCUUCGGGUGGUGCGCAAUCACAGCUCUUGGAAGCUUUGACCCAGGCCGUACAGCUCAACUCAUCCUUUGGGAGUUAAAACUUGUUGUUGACUUCCCUCACGGUGCUACAGUCCUUAUCCCCUCUGCUGUCAUCACUCACUCCAAUACUCCAGUGGCUGAAGGCGAUUGUCGUAUGUCAUUUACCCAGUACACCCCCGGCCCAAUCUUUCGGUGGGUUGAGAACGGU